AUGGGUCUGCUGUCGCGAAAGGCCAGCACGCCGAAGAAGGGCGUCUUUCAGGCGGAUGAGGCCGAGAAACAGGACAGUGAUCGCGAUGAUCUCUCCGAGUGCUCCUACCAAUCCUCCAAUACCGGCUCCAUCUUGGGCUCCGACUAUCAGAGCGAACGUGAGGGGGAUCAGGAUCUGCGUGGACUCGACUGCUACCACGGGUUCUUGCCCCGAUCGGAUGCUGAAGAACUGUUGACGCAGCCCGGGGAUUAUCUUGUGCUGACCAUCCUGUCCCUGCGCGCCGAGCCGGCCCAAUUCAUGCACCUCGUCUUCCCGAAGGUCGACGACAAGUGGAUGAUUACGGACACGCUCGGCGUCGACAACCUCGGCGCGUAUCUGGCCGGCCAGAGGGGUCAGCAGCCGAUUGUUGCCGGGGAUCCGCGCACCAUCAUCCGCCACCCGGUGCCUCGGCAAGUCUGGGAGUUGACGAUCAGCCAGCUCGUCAUGGGCAACAAGGUGGGAGAAGGGGCGUUCGGCGAGGUGUACCGCGGCCAGCUCUACCUCGACAAGGAGCGCCAGAUGGCCGUCGCCAUCAAGAAGCUCAAAAAUGCCACCGUGCCCGCCGAGCAAAAGGACCAAUUCGUGGCGGAGGCCCGGCUGUGCCGUCGUCUUCACCACGAUAACAUCGUCAAAUUCCGCGGCGUCAUGGUGGAGCAGCAGCCGUUUUUGAUGGUGCUCGAGUGGGCUGAUGGAGGGUCGCUUUUGGACAACCUCCAGAAGAAGGGCAGCACCUACGAUCAGGCGCAGAAGACGCUCUUCUGCGUGCAAGCCGCCCAGGGCCUCCGCUACCUGGAGAAGAACAAGCUCAUCCACCGCGACGUCGCCGCCCGGAAUUGUUUGAUCAGCGAGGGACGGGUGAAAAUCUCGGAUUUUGGCCUGUCGCUGUACACGCUGCAGCUGAAGAAGAUCGACCUGACGAAGGAGGUGCUGCCGAUCAGAUACCUGGCCCCGGAGACGUUCUCUAAAUGGGAAUUCUCGCUGAAGACGGACGUCUUCUCGUUCGGCGUGCUGAUGUGGGAGGUGUUCUCGUUGGGCAAGAUGCCGUACGCGGAUUUGACGUCUGCCCAGGUGGCGAAGGGCGUGCUGUCCGGGAUGCAACUCGGAGCCCCUCGGAAUACGCCGCCAGGUGUGCUGAAGCUGAUGGCCCUGUGCCAGAGCACCGACCCAGAGCAUCGGCCGACGUUCCUGAAGUUGAAGCUCCAUCUGCGCAAGGAGUACGACCAGCUGGCCGGCCGCCGCGGCUUGUUCAGCUUCCUCAAGAAGAAGACGUAU